GGGCCCAACAAGAUAGCAGCCCUCACCGACCUCUCCUCUAUCGCACUCUCCUUGGCCACCGCUCUUCCCCUUCGUCGUAAAUCGGGGUUUUGCUGCUCAUCUGUGUAAAUCAGGAAACACCAUCUAAGAAGUGAGGUGGAGGCGUUACAAAUGGACAAGAUAGGGGAAGACGCACCGGUGAAGAUGGCAAAGAAGUCAAAGAAAAGCAAGAACAAGACCAAUGAUAUGCUGGAUGUCGGUGAUGAUAACUGUCAUGUAGAAGAUGGCGGUGUUCCAAAGAAGAAAGGUCAUAAGCAUAAGGAGAAGAAGAGGAAAUCUGAAUCAAAUGAAGAUCAACGUGAUAACGGUAAUUUGGAAGAUGAUUGCAAUUUACAGAAGAAGGAUAAGAAGAGGAAAAGAGAUUCGUCUGAAAAUAACCAUCCCUCCGACAAGACACAAAUAGAAGAAAACGAGCAGGCCCGAGAUAAUGAACCUGCUGUAGAGAAAGAUUGUGACCCGAAACCGAGAAAAGAGAAGAAGAGAAAGCAUAAGCACCAUAGCCAUGAAAGUGAACUUGAAAAUGAUGGCAAGGAGGAGGAUUGCCAGGAAGAUAUGUUCAAGAAAGUUGAUACGAAGAAGAAGACGACGAAAACAGAUGAUCAAAAUUCAGACGCUGAAAUGAAUGGAAUUACGCAUGAGGAAUCGGGUAAUAAAGGGAAAAAGAAGAGUAAAUCCAUCGAAAAGAAUUCAGAGAAACAAAAAGCCGAAGGCAAGGAGAAAACGCCCAAAUCUGUCGAGAACAAUACGGAGAAACCGAAAACGAAAGGGAAAGCCAAGAAAGUUAGCUUCUCCGGUCGAGUUGAGGUCUUCCCGUCAUCAGAUACAGAACCUGAGAAGCAAAAAAUGAAGGGAGAUGGUCUAGUAAGAGGUAAAAGGUUUACGCCAGAAGAAGACGCAAUAGUAAAAGAAGCCGUUCUUAAUUAUAUAGAGGCACAUGGUUUGGGAGACGAAGGUUUGAAGAUGGUCUUGAACUGUAAGUCUCAUGCCGGAAUGAAAAAAUGUUGGCAAGAAAUCGCGACUUGCAUACCAUAUCGUCCAUCUUCUGCUGUCUAUUAUCGCGCUCAUAUUUUGUUUGAAAGGGCGGAAUCCCGCGCAUGGACUCCAGAAGAAAUCGAACGUUUGAAGGAAUUUCAUGAGAAAGAUGGUAACAAAUGGAAGAUGAUGGCUGAAGAACUCGGUAAACACAGGUUUCACGUUAAGGAUACAUGGCGAAGAAUCAAGCUCAAGGACCUGAAGGCUGGAAAAUGGAGUCAAGAAGAGUACCAGAGCUUAUACGAUCUCGUGAACUUGGAUUUGCAAAUGAAAAUAACUUCCGAAGUGAAACAAUCAAAGCACGGGAUGCUUAGAGACAACAUUCCAUGGACUGCAAUUAGCGAAAAAUUGUCGACAAGAAGUGAUGCCACCUGUUGCUACAAGUGGUACAACCAGUUAACAUCCUCACUCGUGGCCGAAAAGAAGUGGUGCGAUGCUGAUGACUAUCGGCUCAUCGGUAAACUUUAUGAACUCGAUGCUGCUUGUGUGGAAGAUGUCGAUUGGGAUAACCUUCUCGAGCAUAGACCUGGCGAUGUUUGUCAAAAACGAUGGAACCAAAUGGUUUGUCACAUUGGCCAUCAGGGGAGCAAACCGUUUUCCGAACAAGUGGACACGCUGGCUAAGCGUUACUGCCCGGAUUUAGCCGAUAUUCGAGAAGCUUGGGACAACAAACCUGUGGUUUGAUGAGAUUAAGAGGUCUAAACCUGGUCUAAGAGGAAUUAAGAGCCAAAAGAGUUGACUCAAGACUGAACAUGGUAGGCAUGACACCAAAAAUGACUUUGACGCUCAGAGCUGUUUGGUACCUGGGAUAUGAUAGAACAAAAACUGUAAAAAGAGACCGACAAGUGACAAUGAGAUAAACUCAUAAAAGUGUUUGUAAUAUAAUUGUUGUAUAUAUUUGGUUCACAAUAUGUUUGUUU